AUGACAGAAGGUGCCCCAUUCGAACUUUCAAGCGUUGCAGAGAUCGAUGGCCUGAUUGCAAAUGGGACGUUCAAAAUCGUCCACCGAGACGAUGUGAACCUCAGAGAUCUCCACAUUUUCAACUCCCGCUUAGUUAAUGAGAUCAAGGGGAAGAAUGAGAUCCCAUAUAAGAAAUCACACCUAGUCAUCCAAGGAUAUAAUGACGCUGGGAAAGCUGGGAUCCUGACCCAAGCGCCAAUAAUUCAAUGGGCCAGCCAGAGACUGUUAAUAUCCCUUAUCCCCACUUUGCUGAGUAUGGAUAUGGUUGUGGAGAUCCGUGAUAUCACACAAGUGUACACACAGGCCAAGACAAAGUUGCAACGUAUUAUUGUUACCAACCUGUCUAAAGAAAUAAGGGGUAAAUAUCCACCAGGCUCACUACUGUUGGUAGAAGGAGCUUUGUAUGGCAUUCCUGAAGCUAGCGUUCAUUGGUUUGGCACCUACCAUGAGCAUUAUAAGGUGAAAAUAGACAUGGAGACUUCUACGUACGAUCCAUGUCUACUCGUGACAAAACCAGGCGCUGAGAGCUUUGGCCUGGUGGGCAUGCAGACUGAUGACAUACUCAUCAUCGCAACAGAAAAGUUUGCCAGGGGUGAGGAGCGAGCACUACAGGAAGUGGGAUUCAAAGCCAAACCCAAAACCCAAUUAUCGCAGGAUACUCCUUUAGAAUUCAAUGGCGCAAGGAUUAUUUUAGAAUCGCGCGCAGAACAAGCUGAGAAUCCCGAACGAGGUCUUAGAUUCAUCCCCCUCGAUUUGAUAAAGGCAAAGAUCAUAAUCUUUACAGAUGGAUCCUUUGUGAAUAACCGAGAUUUGACUUCCCAGAUUGGUUUUCUAAUCGCUAUGGUUAACGAAGACUUUUCUGAGGAAGGACGCUUUAUUGCCACCGGUAACAUAAUCCAUUGGGCUUUGUCAAAGUGCAAGCGUGUAACCCGGAGCGUUCUCGCCUCGGAGAUCUAUGGGUUAACAACUGGAUUUGACCAUGGAAUUACAUUGGCAAGUAUCAUCAAGAUGAUCAUGGACCACCUCAAUUUACCUACAAUCCUAGUUGUGGUUUGCACCAAUAGCUACUCGCUAUAUGAGUGCCUCGUCAAGUUAGGAACCACAAAGGAAAAGCGCCUCAUAAUCGACCUUAUAGCGCUCCAUCAGUCAUACAAGAAACGGGAAAUAGAUGAAAUCCGCUAG